AUGAAUUCGAUGAACAUCGCUGGGAUGGCCGGGAUGAAUCCCAUGCCUGGUGGUCCUGUCGGGGGAGUCCCCAUGAUGAAUAGUGGCUCAGCUGCUCCCCGCAAUGAACCGCCGUCUUCUCAAGAUCACCUAUAUAUCCAACUGAACACCUGUAUCUACGAUUACUUCUUGAAGCGAGGCCAGUUCGAAGUGGCAAGAAUGCUUCUGUCCGACGACAGCAUCAAACUAGAUACUGAUCUCGAACCAAAAACCAGUCCCAACCAUAUGAACGGUGUCGACGGAGACACGUCGAUGACCGAUGGGAAAGACGAAAAAAUCAAAAUCCCUGACGAAUUCCCCCGCCCCCGUGUCCCAAUGGAUAGCGGAAACUCUUUCUUAUUCGAAUGGUUUAGCCUGUUUUGGGAUAUUUUUGCUGCACAACGUAAAAGAGGCUCGUCGAAUCCAAUGGCCCAGCAAUUUGUUCAACACACCCAGAAUCUGAUGCGCUUGCGAGAACAAGCUAACCAACAGUUUUUACGUCAACCUCAGAUAAUGAUGCAGAAUCAAAUGGCUAACCUUCGCCGCAAUGGAAUGCAACCAGUCAACCUGCAGAAGGCUGCCUUGCAGAACAAUACUUCGACUGGAGGAAUGACCCCCCAACAAAUGGCCCAAUUCCAGAACAAGCAGAUGCAGAUGCAACGCGAGCAGUCGGAUAUGGACAUGAAUGGCCACCGGCCUCAGUCACCAUCGUCGGCCGAAAAUGCUCCCUCGCCUUCGAAACGACCUCGACUCGAUGGCGCUCAAGCGGUAGCCCAGCAAAUGACACCAAAUGGUCGGGGACAGGGUCAAAUGCCGGGUCAAUUGAAUCCGCAGGCAAUGUUGAUGCAGAAUGGGAUCAACCCAAGAGGAAUGAAUCCUGCGCAGUUCCAAGCCUUCCAGCAGUCAGGUCAAGCUGCGCAGCAAAAAUCCAUCCAGGUAUAUGCUCAGAAUCUGGCUCUUCAUCACUCGCACUCAGCAAUGAAUAAUCAGGGUAUCCCGAACGGCUUGAUGAACACCGGCCUUAUGCCGAACCAAAACGACAUGUUAUCGCAGAUGCCUGAUGGCCAGAGCCUUCAGAUGAUGAACGCUCAACUUUAUAACGGUGAGAUGGGCGGCGUUCGAGCCGGAAUGGCGAAUGCCGCCGGUCAAAGCGGCAAUCACGCCCUUCAAGAUUAUCAAAUGCAGUUAAUGCUACUUGAGCAGCAAAACAAAAGACGCUUGAUGAUGGCGCGCCAGGAACAGGAUAGCAUGGCUCGCCCCGAUGGUCAGCCCAUGCCUGGCCAGCCCGGUCUACCUCCUGGUACCUCGCCACAGGGUAGUAGAGCGGGAACAUCUCCAAACCCAAGCGAGCAAAUCAAGCGAGGAACUCCGAAGAUUCCUCAGUCAGGCCUUCCAGGCUCACCCAAUGCUGGCGAUUUACAGGGCCGUGGCUCUCCAGCGUCCAUGAAUUUCAACGGCGGUCAAAUCCCUCCGGAUAUGAAUAAUGCAUUCUUCAUGAAGCCUGAUGGCAUGGUUGGUGGCCCUAAUGGUAUGCGGCCGCCUACGUCUAACCAAGGAUUCAAUCCUCAGAUGGGCCAGGCUAUGCAACCAGGGCCUAAUCACCGCAUGCCCGGUGGUAACUGGCAAGCAGCCCAGGGUCCUCAAGGCCAACAGAUGAUGCCUCAGCAAUCGCCAGCUACUCAACCGGCUCCUACUCCGCAAGAGCGUAAUGCAAUGCCACCACCCUCUGCUCCCCCUGCUGGUGGCAAGCCUGCUUCUCCCUCACAGGCACCGCCGACUCCACAGCAGUCGAACAAGGCCGCGCCGAAGAAAAAGGACACUGAGAAGAACAGAAAGCGUCCUCCAAAGAAGGCCGCCGCCGCCGCGGCGAACGCAGCAGCUGCCACUCCCUCAUCCGAGGCUGAGCCUCCCCCGACUCCUACCCCCUCUACACCUAUUACUCCACAGCAUCCUAAUUCCUUCAAUAAAAAUGUGCCGAAUGUUACAACGACCACCCAGCAACAGCCCACUUCAGCUCCUGCACCUCCAAUGGUUCCACAGCAACCAGAUCCCAACCCCGGAUUUGGUGACCUCAUGCCAGAUCCAUCUGGGUUCAAUCUUGAUUUCAGUGCUCUUGAAAAUCCCGAAAUUCUGGAGAAUUUCGAUUUUGACUCAUUCCUAAACACUGAUGGCGACACGGCCGGCUUCGGAUUCGACCCGAGCAUCAGCUACUCUGCAGACGGCGUAGAGACAGGCACCGAUGGCUUGUGA